AUGACGGAGGAAGACGAAGAGAAGCCUCUAGCUCCGGCGAUCAAGCCCCCUCUUCCGCCACUCACCGUUGACAAAGAGUUGUCCAUCGAACUGAGUAAACAGCAGAAAGGCUUUCGUAACCGCACCAUCUGUUGCGGCAUCAUAACCGCGGUUAUACUCAUCAUAUCCGUUGUGAUGUUAGUCUUAGGUUUCACCGUGCUCCAUGUUAAAAACCCUAAAAUCAAAAUGAACUCGGUUACAAUCGUCGGGCUUGACCGAGUCGACAUAAGUAAUGUGAACCUGACCGUUGUGGCAGACGUGUCCGUGAAGAACCCUAAUGUUGCGGCGUUCAAGUUUGAAAAAUCUAACUCAAGUCUUUUGUACCACGGUAAGGUGGUGGGGGUGGCGGAUAUACCCGCGGGGAUAGCCAAGGCGAGACGGACGAUGAGAUUAAACGUUACGGUUGAGGUGAUAGUGGCCGAGAUAGCCAGAAACCAACAGUUUGCUAGUGAUUUGAUGGCGGGUUAA